UAUCACACAAGCAAAGACUUCAAGUAAUGACGACUAUGCGCCGCUCCCCAACAGCAUUAAAUGAGUACAGCAAUGCUAUGAGCCUAUAUACGAGAGUUCAGCUAGGGACAGUUAUGACACCAGACUUAAUAGUCCCAAGAACAGCAGCGAUAGUGCUUAACGUCACUUGUACUCUACCUCAGGAAGCAGCUACCGCAAGCUAUAAUUUAACACAUGGGAAAGUUUUGACCAUGAACGAUGCAAGCGUGAAGAGCGGGCGCAUUCCUCACUUGUAUUAGCCUUUUGGGAGAUAGCAUGGAGAUCAUAGUGGGGGAAUAGUACUGCUGCUCGAGUAGUUUCACGCGUGGUAGAAACCCUGAGAAUGGCCUGGUGGGUGGCACCGAUUUUUUAUAUUGAACGUCUUUGUAUCACUGUCCUAGCGGGAAAAUAUUUCCAUUUGGUAGUAAGCUCGACAUGAUUAUAUCUGGGUAAAAGUGAUACCCCAGCAGAAACGACAAUAGUGGUAUAAAAUUGCUGUAACUAAACAUGUGGUCUCUUUCUACCAAACCGGACAUGGGUAUCACAUAAGGUUUUUCUGAAUUGAAAUCAAACUGAAACAAAUGUCAGAAAAGCAUCCAUCCUAAACUGUUCAUUCUGGUUUCUGCAUCUUCCUAUUCGCAUUGUUGAUUUGUUGGUGCAGAGGGCUAUCUAUCAUUUCUGGAAUUUGGGGUUUCUUGCCACUAAAGCCUUUGUUUGCAUCUUUUUUGGCAUUAGUGGCGUUGGGAACCGGGGCAUAAGGGCGAGAAAUGCUGUCACGUAUAGGAUGGGCUGUGCCGGUUUGAAUUGCACCUUCAUCAGUC